CUUCAUCGGAGCUAUUCAAACCUGCAGUUGGAGUUGCAUCUGCAUCGUAUCAAGAUACGAAAACACAUUGGAUUGGUAAUCAAGUCGAUAUAACUUCGAAGGAAUUUCUCUACACUUACGUUAAGCAAUUCCUUCCAACCUGCACGUCUUUCCAGACUAAGUCGGUGCUCACCAUGUCGUACACCGAGGAGCAAAUUGAUCGAUACCUCCACCACACCAACUACCCGCGGGAGAAACAUGCAUCGGAUCGGCUGCAGCUCUUGAAGGAACUCCAGGCUCAUCAACUUGCCCGAGUUCCCUUCGAGAGUUUGACCCUGCACUACUCAAAGCACCGCCUGAUUUCCAUUGAUCUUGAGGAUCUCUUCGACAAGGUUGUAGUCCAGGGUAAAGGCGGUUAUUGCAUGGAGCUGAACGCCUUAUUCGGUGCUAUCCUCAAGGGACUCGACUUUAGUCUCGUCAGCGUUGGUGCAAAGAUCAAGGGAGAUGAGAGGUUCGGCGGAUGGUCCCAUAUGCUCAACAUCGUCACGAUCGAAGCUCAGCGCUACCUAGUCGACAUCGGCCACGAGUUCACCACCAUCGCUCCCCUGCGAGGCAAGCUCGUCUACCAAAAGCUAGACCAAAACACGGAUUCGAGCCAGCGCAUGUGGGUGUACUCUUCAACCGACACCGCCGAUGGCCCCUUCCGAGAGCGUAACUGCUUCAUAGAGCAAGAAUUUUUCCCUGAGGACUUUGAAGUCAUGAACUAUGCCGUCAUGAUGAGACCAACCAGCUACUUUGUCAAGACGGUCUUGUGCAUGCGGACGAUUCUAAAUACUGAGACGAGAGAGGCCGAAGGCACUAUUGUGCUGCACAAGGAUGAGGUGAAGCGCAAGAUUGGCGACAAGGUUGAGGUUUUGGAGACGUUGAAUAGCGAGGCUGAGCGCGUGCGGGCUAUCGAGAAGUACUUUUACAUCUCACUUACACCCGCGGAACAGAAGGCUAUCAAGGGUAUGCCUCAGGAGUCGUUGGAGAAGAAGUAGCAGAGGGACAUUGUGACAUUUACUGUUGGAUCUCUGUGGAGGCAAUACUACUGUAUUGGAUCUGAUGAUGAUGAUGAUAGG